CCUCCCUCCCUCUCUCACAAAAGUUAGCUGGAGUAGGUUCUAAGUUCUGACGCUCCCUUUCUCCUUCUAUAUAAAGCUCCUUCUUCGAGCGAGAUUCUCGUUUCCUGAGCUACUUAUUUUCCUGCGAUCUCUCUCCGUCUUCGGAGAGAUCUAAGCUCUUCAAUCACCCCAAGGUUGUUUAGUCGCAAUCCUCAAUCAUGGCUACAGGAAACCUGUUCUCGAAAACCACGCAGGCAUUGUUCUACAACUACAAGCAACUGCCAAUCCAAAGGAUGCUUGAUUUCGACUUCCUUUGCGGGAGGGAAACGCCUUCUGUUGCGGGGAUAAUUAAUCCUGGCGCGGAGGGGUUUCAGAAACUGUUCUUUGGUCAGGAGGAAAUUGCCAUCCCAGUUCACCCGAGCAUUGAAGCUGCUUGCAGUGCACACCCAACUGCUGAUGUUUUUAUCAACUUUGCAUCAUUCAGGAGUGCAGCUGCUUCUUCCUUGUCCGCUCUGAAACAACCUACAAUUCGAGUUGUAGCUAUUAUAGCUGAAGGUGUCCCAGAAGCAGACACAAAGCAGCUCAUUUCCUACGCACGAGCUAACAAUAAGGUUGUUAUUGGUCCUGCUACAGUCGGUGGCAUUCAAGCCGGGGCCUUCAAAAUUGGAGAUACUGCAGGAACUAUUGACAACAUAGUUCAAUGCAAGCUUUACAGACCUGGCUCUGUGGGAUUUGUUUCCAAAUCAGGAGGCAUGUCAAAUGAGCUCUACAACACAAUUGCACGUGUGACAGAUGGCAUUUAUGAAGGUAUUGCAAUUGGGGGGGAUGUUUUUCCUGGUUCAACUCUUUCUGAUCAUAUUUUGCGGUUCAACAAUAUACCGCAGAUCAAAAUGAUGGUUGUGCUUGGGGAACUUGGUGGACGUGAUGAGUACUCUCUCGUAGAGGCCCUGAAAGAAGGAAAGGUUCAGAAGCCAGUUGUUGCUUGGGUUAGUGGAACCUGUGCUCGCCUCUUCAAGUCAGAAGUGCAAUUUGGUCAUGCUGGUGCUAAAAGUGGUGGCGAAUUGGAAUCUGCACAAGCAAAAAAUGAGGCUCUACGUCAAGCAGGAGCAGUUGUUCCAACUUCAUAUGAAGCACUAGAAAGUGCAAUAAAAGAAACAUUCGAGAAACUUGUUGAAGAAGGGAAGAUAACCCCUGUAUCAGAAGUUACACCUCCUCAAAUCCCCGAGGACCUGAGCACGGCAAUCAAAAGUGGAAAAGUCCGUGCCCCGACACAUAUCAUCUCCACGAUCUCUGAUGACAGAGGUGACGAACCAUGUUAUGCUGGUGUGCCAAUGUCAACCAUUAUUGAACGAGGUUAUGGUGUUGGUGAUGUGAUAUCUCUUUUAUGGUUCAAACGUAGUCUUCCCCGUUAUUGUACACAAUUCAUUGAGAUCUGUGUCAUGUUGUGUGCUGACCAUGGGCCUUGCGUUUCGGGUGCUCAUAACACUAUUGUGACAGCAAGGGCUGGAAAAGAUCUAGUUUCCAGCCUUGUCUCAGGACUGCUUACAAUUGGUCCUCGAUUUGGUGGUGCAAUUGAUGAUGCCGCUCGAUACUUUAAGGAUGCUCAUGACAGGGGUCUCACGCCUUAUGAGUUUGUUGAAAGUAUGAAAAAGAAAGGCAUUCGUGUACCAGGGAUUGGUCAUAGGAUCAAGAGUAGAGACAACAGAGACAAGAGAGUGCAGCUUCUGCAAAAAUAUGCGCACACCCAUUUCCCUAACGUGAAGUACAUGGAAUAUGCUGUUCAAGUUGAGACCUACACGCUGUCAAAAGCCAACAACUUGGUUCUGAAUGUUGAUGGAGCAAUUGGAUCUCUUUUCCUUGAUCUUCUUUCAGGCAGUGGAAUGUUCACCAAGCAAGAGAUUGAUGAAAUAGUUGAUAUCGGAUAUCUAAAUGGGCUCUUUGUGCUAGCACGUUCAAUUGGUCUUAUUGGGCACACUUUUGAUCAGAAGAGGUUGAAACAGCCACUCUACCGCCACCCUUGGGAGGACGUCCUGUAUACGAAGUGAUCAUUCUUUUUGAUUCCUUGUGCAACAGCAGUAGUGUUCCAAAUUCCCCCCUACGUUUUCAUUGUUAUUGUCGUAGGGACUCAGGGAAGUUGUAUGUCAAUUGCGGCACUGCAGAUAAUAUUUGACUAUUUUUUCUGUAAGCCUAUUUGAUCAAUUUAGUUAUUAUGUAUCUCAUGUCAUAGCUCUCUGCC